GCUGGUUAGCAAUGGAAGCAUGCCUGCUCUUGUCACCCCCUUCACUCUCCUUUUGUGUAUCUACAGCCACUCCAAUGUAGGACCCUGUGCAGAGUUUGGACUUGUGAUGUAUUGCUGAUGUCUGAUAUUUGGGGUUUAGAUGUGCUUUGCUUCACGUUUACGUCACCAGGCUUUUCAACGCAGUACAAUGUACAGUCAACAAUAUAUAACCACACAUCCUCAUGUACAUCUUUUUGAAGGCUAUUCCUUGACCAUGAUGAACAGUGAAAAAUGAUUAAAAUCUGGGGAGUCAAGUUUUGGGUCUCAUGCCUAAUUAUAGCAUUUUUUUUUCUCUUGGUGACACUCCAGGUGAUAGUUGAACUGGGUAAUUUUGAGAAACAGAAAGUAAGCUUGCUAGUAAAAGAUGCUGGCCAACAGAAAAAAUCCAAUCCAUUGCUGAAAGGAUUACAUGAAUCCAUCUUAUCCAGAAAAUUAGAAAAUGGAUUAGGCAGCUAUCCCAUUAUGCUCUGGUGGUCACCUUUGACUGGUGAGACUGGAAAGCUGGGUCGAUGUGGAGAAGAGACCUGCCUUUUCACUAUAAACAGAACAUACCUUCAGAAUCCCAUGACAAAAGUUUUUCUGUUUUAUGGCACAGAUUUCAACACAGACAGCUUGCCACUGCCACGAAAGCCAUACCAUGAAUGGGCUUUGUUUCAUGAAGAAUCUCCAAAGAACAACUACAAACUGUUUCAUCCACCAACCAUAACUUUGUUCAACCACACAGCUACAUUUAGCCGACAUUCCCACUUGCCUUUGACAAGCCAGUAUUUGGAGGAUCUCCAGACCCUUACGUCACUUGAGUACUUUGUGUCUGUUCAAAAAAAGAAUGUUCUUAGAAGGAAACUUGCUCCAGUAGUGUAUGUGCAGUCAGACUGUGAUCCUCCAUCAGAUCGAGACACUUAUCUACAAGAACUAAUGAAAUAUGUCCCUGUAGAUUCCUAUGGAGAAUGCCUUCAUAACCGAGACUUGCCUCCACAAGUCAAUAACUCCUCUUUUAUGGACGACAAACAAUUUUAUCGUAUACUUGCUCAGUAUAAGUUUAUCCUUGCAUUUGAAAAUGCAGUUUGUGAAGAUUAUAUAACUGAGAAACUCUGGAGGCCUUUAAAGCUGGGAUGCGUCCCCAUAUAUUAUGGUGCCACUAAUAUUGAAGACUGGCUCCCCAGCAAUAAAAGUGUUAUAAUUGUGGACAAAUUUUCUCAUCCACGAGAACUUGCACACUACAUUAAACAGCUGGACAGAAAUGACAGCUUGUAUCUGGAGUACUUAGACUGGAAAUUGCAAGGCCAUAUCAGCAACAUUCAAUUGAUCCAUGCGAUCAAGGAUAGAAUGUGGGGUGUGCAAGAUGUAACCCAGGACAAUUAUAUUGAUGCUUUUGAGUGCAUGAUAUGCAGAAGAGUGUGGGACAACAUACGACUACAAAGAAAGGGUUUGCAAAUCAAGCAGUGGAAAGCUGAUUCAAAACAUUUGUCUUGUCCAGCCCCAAAACCAUUUUCAUUCCUUCCAGAACGGUCAUCUAAGAACAGCAUGAGGGUACUGUGGAAACCAAGCUUUGAACAGUCCAAAAAAGAAGCUAAAGCACUCAGACUUCUUGUCGACAGGAAUAGGAAUUUUACAUCUCAAGAAUUUUGGAAUCUUGUUUUCAAACAUUAGGUUAAAGAGGACCUGUCACCUCUCCUGACGUGUGUUUUAGUAACUACUUGUAUUUUCCAUGUAAUAACAAUUCUGGAGCAUCUGUUUUUAUGACUCAACUGUCUGACCUGUUGCAUGUGAGCUUGGCACCUGAAGGCAUCGUUGUUGGUCCCAUGUUAAUAUGUGCCCGCAUUGCUGAUAAAAAUUUCUUUAUAUAUGAAAAUGAGCCUCUAGGACCAAGUGGGCUGUUUCCAUUACCCCAAAAAGCUCUGUUUUCUCUGCAACUGUGCCCCCUGCACUUUGUGCAGGCCAGGCAGGCGUGACCACUGCCUAACCCUGACAAUCAAUCAAAAUGGAAAGGAUGUGGCAGUUGCAGAGAGAGCAGAACCUCUAGGUGUAACUGUGGUGGUCUUGAUGUAGAGUAUGAAAUCAAGCUAAUGCUGAUAAGUUUAAAUAUUCUGUCUUUGUGUGCUGAUAUGUUUUUAAAGUGACUCUGUCACCAGAAUCAACUCUAUUAAAUCAGUCACAUAGCCUGUAAGGGGUGAUCCUGCAGUUUAAAAUGAUAUUUUCCUCCUCAUUGUCGGCGCCACAGUUGUUGAUAAAAUCUUACAUUUAUUCCUUUGCUUGCAGACAAUUUUGAGCACCAGAAGGCAGGCUUUUUCAGUACCGCUAUGCAACCCCUACCGAUGCCUAAACACUCCCCCCCCCCUUGAUUGUCAG